AUGACCACAACUCUGUCAGUGGUGGAGUCGGCCAAACGGCAGGCGGCCUACCGCGCCGUUGACGAGCACUUCCCCCAACACGCCCGUUUUGUCGGAAUCGGUUCCGGCUCAACAGUAAUCUACGUCGUCGAGCGGAUCGUGCACCUCGGCCGCGAUGUCACCGAUUCCAUCACUUUCAUCCCGACCGGGUACCAGUCCAAAGAGUUGAUCAUCAACGGUGGCUUGAAGCUUGGUUCUAUCGACCGCCAUACCGAGCUUGACAUCGCCUUUGACGGAGCGGAUGAGGUGGAUCCUUACUUGAACUGCAUAAAAGGCGGAGGUGCAUGUCUGUUCCAGGAGAAGCUUGUCGCGAUUUGCGCGAAGAAGUUUGUCGUUGUCGCUGACUACCGCAAACUCUCACCCUCGCUUUCAACCCACUACGCCCCCGGCAUCCCCAUCGAGGUCGUCCCUCCAGCCGCCACUCACAUCUUAUCCCGCCUAAUCACUCUCGGCGCCGUCAACCCCGCGAUCCGCAUGGGCGGAACAUCCAAAGCCGGACCAUGCAUCACCGACAACAGUAAUUUCAUAAUCGACGCUCCUUUCCCCGACGGAUUCAUCCCCUCGCCUUCCUCCCCUCUAUCUCAUCCGCAUAAGCCGCUCUCGCCAGCACUUUCUGCUACUCCCGUCAACGCUGCUGCUGUUGAGCGCGGCGGCGAGAGGGUCGGGGGCAUGGAUAUUUUAGGGAAGGAGGGGGGGCAUCCCGGCGCUGCGGUUGGGAUGGGCGUCGGCAGUAACGAGAAGGUGGAGGAGUUGGCAAGGGCUCUAAAGAGUAUUGUUGGCGUCGUCGAGCAUGGGAUUUUCUGGAAUGGAGAUCGGAAGCCGGUUGUGGCUUACUUCGGAAUGGAGGAUGGAAGGGUCGAAACCAGAGGGUGUCUCUUUUUAUUUUCCUUCGAUAUCCAAACUCCCCAAGCACUUAAUCCAAUUAUUCCUUCCUGCUAUGGUAGUGAUGUUGAGGACGCUUUACCUGAGAAGAAAUUCCACAUGUGCACAAACAUCUCCCCGGGUACACUUGAGUACAGUACGAGCACUGGACUGUACCCUGCAGUAUGGAUCUUUGAAGCAACUCAAUCAACCGAGCCCACCACCCAAAACCAAUGGACCCAAUCAAAAACCCCCCACCAAAUCACAACUUCUCACCCGAAAGAUGAUGACACAGCCAAGCCAAUGCAUGCAUGCCUGUUACAAGUAAAUUUAGCGUGGAUUCAAAACAGACCAAAAACAGCCCACCAGCCCACCACCGGUCGAAGCUGUUCCUUUUUUCCGCCCACGCAGCAACCAAUUCCCAACAUGAGCUCUUCAUCAUCGCGAAGGCCAACGUUAACCCGCCUCACUCGCUACGACACUCCCGACGCUGACCAGUUCGUCCUGCUCCAUGCUACUCCAACUAGUGCAGUGCGCCCAUUGGAUCUCAAGCUUCAUGCGACGGAGGGGGAGAGAGCUUUUGCUACUAAUAUCACGCAAUCCAAGAUUUACGAGCUACGCGCGAGGUCGUACACUGGGACUUCGGAAGACCUAGAAAAGAUAUUCUUGGCUUUGUUACUGAAGCAGGAUGUUGGGGUAGAGAGGGGUGUGGAGUUGGCUGCUGCGGUGGAUGCUAAAGGUGUUACAUUAACGGUCCGACAAGAUAUCGGCGGGAUAAAGCAACGGAUCGCGGCGUUGCAAAUUCCCGAGGGGGAAGUUGAGAUACCGAUUUUCGAGUGGGCGGUAGAGGCCUGUGGGGAUUUGAAUAGUGGCUCGACUCAGUUAGGUAGUCUUCAGCGUAAGGUUGAAUCUCAGGAGAAGGAGAUUGAGGCUCUUACGAAGCAAUUGAAGGAUUUGGCGGUGUUCAAGAAAGAACAUGAAGAGAUGCUGUUGGUAAAGUUUAGUGAAUUGCUGAAUUCCAAGAAGACGAAGAUUAGGGAAUUGAGUCGAGAGUUGGAGGUUAGAGGUGGUGACGCGGUAUCUUCAAAGGCGGAGUCACCAAUAGCGGAAGACGAAUCGGAAGUUGCCGAGCCAGCCCCUACCAGAGGAAGAGGAGGCAGAGGUCGAGCCAGAGGCAGAGCCAAGGCCGCGGCACCCCCAAGAAAACGAAAGCCAAUCGCGCCCCCCACCGAUUCCGAAUCAGACAGUUUCGCAAAAAUGGACACGGGUAGCAAAGGGAGGCCAUCUCCCGAUGACGAAACUGAGGACUCCGAGGAAGAGGCCGGACCCAGCCGUGGAUAUCUACGGCAAGACGCCAGGAGCGACCGGAGCAUUACCGAAGACGAGGACGAACUUCCCCCCGUUAGGAGACCAAUCGCAUUCACCAUUAAAAAACCCGACCCCGAACCCGAGUGGACCCCCGAUGAAGAUGUCGAGAUGGACGAACCGCUCCCGGCGCAACCUGCCAGGAUCGGCGGACGGACAAAGAGUGGGGGCGGGAAGGGGAAGAAACCCGCUCCACCGCCGACGUCACGGGGUACAGGCAGAGUCACUCGGUCAAAGCCGCAGGAGCCAAGUCCCUCGCCCCCACCUUCUCCUCCAGCAAACGACAACGACGAGACAGGAGACAGCGAAGACGAAGAACUAUAGAGUACCAGAAGACGUGAGAAGAGGGGAGGAUGUUGCGAUCUUACACUUUCCCUUUUCGGACUCGGAGUAUAUAUUAGUAGUACUAUAGCUACCGUACCCGUGAGACGCCCGAAAAAGACAAUCGAUUAUACCGAUACACCCUUGGCCAGAUGCGUCCACGUGAGGCUUUUCCUACACCGUGCUUCAUUGACACGCAACCAUGCAUUCCGCCGCACCGCCAGCCAAUUCUCUGUGCGUGUGAAGACAUCUGCACACGGCGGAAGGCGGUCUAUUUAUCCACAUCUAUCCAGUCUAAGGCGCCCAAUUGCAUAAUGUAGACGGUAUUACAAAAAAAAAAAAUAGUUUUUUUUCUUUUUCCAAAAA